GACGUCAUCAAGUCUGCACAAGGUUUUGAACGAGAAUUAUUCUUGCAGGCGCCAUUAUCGAAAACACAGAAAAACAUUCCGAAAACCUGAGGAGUUUUUUGAAACUUGUGCGAGAUAUCUAUGCAUAUAGACAUGCCUGGAGAUGAGGGCAUGAAGCUUCUUUGAAGGCGGUCCUUACUGUAAAGAAACAAACAACAUUUUUCUGAUGAUGGGGAAGGUUAAUGGAAUCAAAAUCGAAUCGUGUUUUGAUGGGUCGCCGAAAAAGCAUAAUUUAAGCCUGGAAUGGGACAUGCUUCGGAAGCUUAUUCAAGUACUUGAUUUCCCUGAGAUGUGUCUGAUAACAAAUGAUGAUCUAGUUUGGGUUGCUUGCGUUGAGAAAGUUUAGCAAAGACGUAUGGAGACGGAAAACCUAGCAGUACGCUCAAUUUUUUCAUCACUAUACAAAUUCUCUUGCGUACUAGAAUACAAACCGAGUGCUUGGGUUACCUGUGGUCAAAGGAAGAGUUCUCUUCGCGAUGGAACUAAAAUUCCUUGAACUGCUUGAGAAUUAUGAAAAAGGCGUCAUGUUAUUUAGGGAUAUGCUCAAGAACUUGGUUCUGGAAAUGUGUCUAUCAUAAUUUGUUCGCCUCAGUUAAGAAAGAAAAGCAAACACGUGAAACAUGUUCCACAUCUAGGCAUCGAAGCUGAACUGUAUGUUGAUAAAUUUGAAAUCGAAGGGAUUCUCGCGCAGGAAGCCACCGGGAGAAUCAAAAGAGAGAUCAGCGGUCAGUAUAUCAAGGCUUCGUAUGCAAAGAUGAUAGAGACGGCAGGCGCACGCGUCGUCCCUGUCUUAAUAAACCAGUCGCCUCAGCAAAUACAAAAUAUAUUUAACUCAAUUAAUGGGCUUCUCCUUCCCGGGGGUCACGUCAAGUUGCAAAAGUCCGGUUACGGGAGAGUUGGCAAGAUGCUCUACGAGAUGGCAGUUAAGUCUAACCGACAAGGUCAGCCCUUUCCGAUUUGGGCAGAAUGUCUUGGCCUUGAAUUGAUAGCACUGUUAGCGUCCGGUCGAGGACUAGCUCGCGGGCAGUACGACACCGAACUUCUGGACCGGACCGACUCCAAGAUAUACAGUAAACCUUUAAAUAUUUCAAAAGACUACAAACAAAGUCAGCUAUUAGGAUCAGCGGACAGUACCAUGAUUCAAUACAUGAUGCGAGAUCUUAAAGCAUACAACAACCACGACAAGAGCCUAACUCCAGAGAAAUAUAAUAAAUACCCAUCACUUAAAUCUGCCUUCCGGAUCGUCUCCACCAAUAAUGAUCGAAAAGGAAAGGAGUACAUUUCUACAAUGGAAGGUCGCAAAUUCCCCUUUUUCCUGUUCCACUGGCAUCCAAACAAGGCUCGUUUCGAACAGCUCGAGAAUCAUCCAGUUCACGAUCCAUCGCACGAGUCUUUCCUUAUUGCGCAAUAUCUGACAAAACUAUUUGUCGAUAUCGCACGCCAAAAUAACCACAGGUUCGCGACAACGCAAAAAGAGAAAGCUGCACUUAUACAGAAUUACACUCCAAAGAAGUUAGAGGAUGGCCGAUUAAUUUACCAAUUCAAAAUGUGAUAAUCUUGAUUGUUGUUCUGCAAAUCGAGUAGCCC